AUGUCAAAGAAAAAGCCUCCUCAUAGUGUAACAAAAACAGAUGAGAUUGGGGCCGAACAAACGAAUAAUUCAUUAUUUUCUGCAAGUGAUGCUAAUUCUGUUGAAAUUGCUGAUUAUGCAUUGAGUCAUGGAGCAUCUCAGAUGAAUUCAUCAAACAACGAUUAUUCAAUCCCAACAGGUGUUGUUGAUAUCGAUGAAUCAACAGAUAUCUCUUUACCAUCUUUAAAUUCUCAUCAUCAACAUGAUUCAAAAUCAAAUACAUUGGUUCGACGUAGAGAAAUACAUGAAAGAGAACAUGUGAAUCUACCGUCGAUUGCUCAUCGUUCUCAUAAAAAUAAUCCCUAUGAAUAUUACUCUAGAUCACCUAAUUAUAAUCAUUCGGAAUGUUCAUAUCAUUUGAAUUCGAUCAAUGAUAAAACUCAAUCACUCCACUAUAAUCUUGAUCCAAAUCAUCAUCGUUGUCAUCAUGAUCCCAAGGGAGGCACAUAUGAUCCUCGUUGGUGGUAUAUGCCAUUCCAUUCAGUUCAUGGGCCUAAAUCACACCGACGUACUAAUCAUCAGUAUAUUCCGAAAAAAUGGUACGAAUUACCUGACAAACAUUAA